GUUGCUGUUGUUAGUUUUAAGUCUGUUUGCCUGCAAAAAAGUUGGUUCACUGAACAAUGGCUUGGCACUGACUCCACCAAUGGGUUGGUUGGCUUGGGAGAGAUUUCGCUGUGAGGUAGAUUGCGAUGAAGACCCCUACAACUGCAUCAGUGAGAGUUUGUUUAUGGACAUGGCAGAUGUUCUGGUUUCCGAUGGUUACAAAGAUGCAGGUUACACAUAUGUAAAUGUUGAUGACUGCUAUAUGGAGAAAAACAGAGACAGUCAAGGGCGAUUAGUCGCGGACCAUAAUCGAUUUCCUAGUGGCAUGGAAAAACUGGGGAAGUAUCUUCAUUCAAAGGGGCUAAAGUAUGGUAUGUAUGAAAGUGUUGGAGAUAAAACGUGUAUGAACUAUCCUGGAAGCUGGCAGCAUAUCAGCAAAGAUGUCCGUUCAUUUACUAGCUGGAAGAUAGACAUGUUCAAAUUUGAUGGCUGUUUUACAGAACAUUGGAAAUUGGAUAAAGCAUACCCAGAAAUGGGGCAAGCUCUGAAUAAAACUGGUAGGCCAAUACUCUAUUCAUGCAGUUGGCCAUAUUACUUCUUUGCUGCCGGAAUGCCUUUCAACUACACCCAACUACCUCAUUACUGCAACAUGUGGAGAAUGUACCAUGACAUCGACGACACGUGGAACAGUAUAUCUGCAAUUAUUAAGUUCUACGGUGACAAUCAAGAUCUCCUUGCUUCUCUGGCUGGUCCUGGCCACUGGAAUGAUCCAGAUAUGCUGAUCAUUGGUAAUUAUGGGCUGAGUUACGAGCAGAGCAAGGCACAGAUGGCCAUGUGGGCAGUGUUUGCCGCCCCACUGUUCAUGUCGACUGACCUUCGUGACAUCAAACCAGAGCUUAGGAACAUUCUGCUCAACAGAGAAGUGAUCGCAGUAAAUCAGGACCCUCUAGGAACACAAGGCCGAAAAGUGCUGAGUAGAGGUGGUAUAGAAGUCUGGCUCAGGCCCAUCAUCCCUCGGGGUAGUAGUGCUGUUGUAUUCUUGAACAUGAGAGUCGACGGAACGCCAGUGAAGUUCACAACAAGCCUGCGUGACAUUGGCCUUACAAAGCGUCAAGGGUACCAUGUUCGUGAGAUCUUCCAUGAGCACGAUUAUGGCUUCAUGCACCCUGGCGAUGUUUUCGAGUGUAGAAUCAACCCUACAGGGGUGGUGAUGAUUACUGCACGAUUGCAAUCCCCGUAAACGUAUCAAGGGGUCAAAUAUCUUAUGAAUGCAUUCGUGACUAUCUCAUAAAUAAACUAGAGCACUCGGAGAGCGCAGACCUCCGCCAAGGCAGCUCAAUUCUCUCACAGUGAAAAAUUUUAUUAAUUAAUUGGAUCCGGAUCACCACCAAAAUGUAAUCAAUUCUAAGUUACCUCAUUUCUGACCAAUCCUGAAAAUUGCAUUAAUUAAUUAAUUAAUUAAUUGGAUCCGGAUCACCACCAAAAUGUAAUCAAUUCUAAGUUACCUCAUUUCUGACCAAUCCUGAAAAUUUUAUUAAUU